GCGCACUGUGCAGCUGCAGCAUAUGUGUGUUGUGUUGAUACGGGGAUGUCAUGACUUAGAAAACAGGUUUUCCUGUUCCUGCGCAGUGAAUAAGCUUAUUCACCGGAUGUCAUUCCAGUUCUCGCAAAAAACAAGGGCUUUGUAGCAGAAUUUAACAAAAAAAAUGCAUGAUACCUCGAUGGACCCCAGCUCUUUCACUGACAGUCUUCAGGUUUUGAAACUCUCAGAAGGCAAGCACAGAUUCGUUAACAAGAACUACAAGAAAGUGUCUGCAAGAAUGUAUGACUACAACUGUGAUGUUAAACUAACAGUUGGAGAUAAAACCUUCAGUGCACAUCGUGACAUAUUAUCUGAAGCCAGUGAUUAUUUUUCUGCCAUGUUCAGUCAUGACAUGCAGGAGAAGCAAAUGAAAGACAUUGAACUGUUCGAGAUCAGUCCUAUAGGCUUUGCAGCCAUGCUGGAAUACUUUUACCAUGGCCAUGUGUCUCUAGACGCUGAAAAGAUUCAGGAUGUCAUUGAAGCUUCUCAGUUCUUUCAGGUUGGAUGGUUGUCAGAACUGUGCUGCUACUACCUGAUCUAUCAUCUCAGUAUAGAAAACUAUGGUUUAGUGUUGGACUUGAUGGACAGGUAUGCUCUGGACGACCUGAACCCUGAUAUAUUCGAGUAUAUAGGACAGAGUUUCAUUCCUUUAUCUGAAGAACCAAAUUUCAAAUUGAUCCAGUAUGAACUGCUUUACAAAAUACUAGCCAGUGAUCACUUCAUUGCCGCGCCUGAGGGGUAUAUCCUCAAGACGGUCUUGGAUUGGUUAGACCAUAACUCGGAUCGGUUGAAACACCUGGAGGAAAUUGUAGGCUUGAUUCGAUUUCCUUGUUUGAAUUCCCAGCAACUUGAGGAAAUCCGUGAAGAUUUGCUUGCAUACCCUGGGAUUGAGGCCUUGGUUACAGAGGCAAAGGAAUACCAGGCCAACCCAUACAGUCAGUGUCUCGUGGCAUCAGAACGGACCCGCGUCCGCGGGGCGCAGCCACUGGUCUCCAUGAUCUCAGCUGUUGAUGAUGCAGAGAGUAUACAGUUCAAAGUACCAGGUAUACCUGGUAUGUGUGAGCAGCCAUUAUCCACUAGCAGCCUCAGUUUGGUUCUGGAAUAUGCCAGUGUGACAUUUAUGGGAGACUUUGCAUUUGCCGCUGGUGGUUAUGGUCGAAGCUACUGCAGCACCAAUGUGAUGUAUCGCCUGGACCCUAGGUGGCAGGUGUGGAUUGAGUGCGCUCCAAUGCAAGAUAACCGUGUGAACUUUGCGCUGGUCAAUGAUGGCCGGUAUUUGUAUGCUAUAGGUGGUGUGGACCACACAGAACAGGACCAGGAGUUGUUACUAGACACUGUGGAAAGGUACGACCCUGAAGAGAACCAAUGGAUCAGCCUGCCAAAGCUACCUGUUCCUUGUUUUGAUAUUGCAGCUGCUGUGAAGGAUGGUUGCAUUUUUGUCAGCGGCGGCAUCUCUGACAAUCCCCUGGACUCCGUGCCAGUCAGUCACAUGUCUGUGUUUUAUCCAACCAAUAUAAGCUGGGAGAGUAAAGCCCCAAUGUUACACACUCGUCAGGGCCACAGCAUGUCUCUGUAUAACAAUAAACUGUAUGUAUUCGGAGGGUACAGUAGCGAGGAUGGCUGGAACAUGCGCGACUGCUUUAUUAAUGAAGUUUAUGAUAUUAUGACAGACCAAUGGACAGAGUUAACGCCCACUCCCGAAGAAUUUGGACAUUUCCAACGGUCAGUGACUGUGUUUGGUCAUAAACUGUAUAUUAUUGGAGGGACCUCUUCUGAAAGGUAUUUGUUCAAGUAUGACUUUGAGACUAACCAGUUUGAGGAGAAGGAGUACUGUGGCCCACAUUAUUUGAAGAUUGGAGUGCUGCCUGUGGCUGGGUUUCCUAAACUAGAGGAUGAAGGGUGAAGUAAAUGAGACAGAAUAACACUGUGCCCCUGAUUCUUGGUUUCUGACACAAAACUGGAUUUUGGUGCAAAAAAGGUACAUAAACCAAACUGGCAUGGGAUCGACAUUUUCUGUAACAUUCUACCCACCAAUCAUGACCAUGACAUUGUAGCCACUGUGCAAAAAGGUCUAUAAGUAUAUACGUACAUCACAAUGCUCAUCUACUCAGCUUUGAAAAGUUGGAAGUGAUCAUUGCUUUUAACUCUUUCGUGCUUCUGUUCUCAUAGCACAUUUCAAGUAUGAUUGAACAAAAUUUCACAUCUAGGUUGAUAUUUGGUGAGGAAAUAGGGGACAACAUUCCUUAUUCUGAGCUUACUAAUAUAUUGUGUGGAUAUUCUGAUUUUGAGUAAAUGUAUAUUAAGACACCAGCUUUUUAAAUCUCAAAAUUGACUGUGAUCUUUUUUAGCUCUUUCCUAGCUUGAAGCAACUACUAGCUUGUUUUGAAGUUUUUCUUUAUUUAUACAUUGUUUCACAAAAGAAAUAUAUAUUAAAAUCCUUUAAAAUCCUGUGGUUUUAUACCUGGUAAAAUUUUAUUUAUUUAUAAUGUUGAUGGAAAAUGGAAAUCUCUUGGGGCAAUGCAUUCACGUUUAUUUUUUUCUGACGUUUGAAUUAAGUGCAGAUGCUUAUCACAGUACUUUUGUUGUGGUCAUUUUCUGUGUGAUUCUUUUUUCUAUAAUUCUGAAUGUUUAAAAAAUGUUUUCCCAGAAUUCCAUGGCAAAUCAACAAAAAAAUAGACAUCAUUUCAAUUUAUUGUUAUAUACAGAUGGUUCUUAGAUAUAUGUUGUGAGAAAAUCCUUGUGAUAAAAAAGCAACCAUCGAGGCUUGUGUGCAUGAACUCAUAUCCUGGCUCAAGUUAAAUUAUUUAUAGUCUUCAGUGAAUUAAUUGGUUUUCGAAGACAGCACCACACUAGAUAGUAUCAAAGGUGGAUAUCCUGUUAUCAAAACAAGCACAAAAGUUUGAAAGUUGGGUGUAACUUUAACAACAAACAUGAACAAACUGUGUACAUCAUCUUAUUUAAACCUGCAACAAAUAUUUAGAACUAAUGUUAUUGAUAAUAAGCAAACAGAGCAACUCGUCCAUGUUUUUGUGACUUAGAGACUUGAUUGUUGCAGUAUCUUCUUGGUUGAUAUACCUACAUGUAACAAUCAAA